AGUGCAGAUAGAUCAGUUAGAUAUCAAAGGACAGACUGGGAGGACUGAUUCCUGGUUAACUUUUGACCAAACUUUUCCUCUGUGCUCCACUAUAAAAACUGGAAAUCUCUCACAAACCUUCUGCAGCAAAGAGGAGGAGAGGCUCUGAGAUGCAUAGUAUCGUUGCUAGUUGUGCUCUGGCAGCCCUGCUGCUGGCUGUGACCCAAGCCGAUCACCACAUCCACCACGUUCAUGAGGACAGCAUGAGCUGCCAUGUUCUUUCCACUCUCAAUGCUGACUUUGCCUUUGCCCUGUACAAAAAAGUGAAUCACAGAACCGGUCCUGGAAAGAACAUCUUCAUGUCACCUCUGGGCCUCUCUGCUGCUCUGUCCAUGCUGUCAACAGGGGCCCGCGGCAAGACCCACACCCAGCUGUUCUCCAGCCUCGGCUACACCAACUUAGACCAAGCACAGGUCAAUGAAGCUUAUGGCCAUCUUUUUCAAAUGCUUGGCCAGAGUCAACAGGACCAGAAGCUGGAUCUCGGGAACUCUGUUGUUGUGCGCACUGGUUUCAAUCCUCUGCAGACAUUUUUGAGUGACCUUCAGAACUACUACGCUGGUGAGGUCUUCAACGUGGACUUCUCCAACCCAUCUGAGGCUGUGGCUCAGAUCAACAGACACAUUGCUGUAAAAACCCAUGACAAGAUCAAGAAGAUGGUGAAGGACUUGGACCCUUUAAUGGCUAUGGUGCUGAUCAACUAUGUCUACUUCAGAGGACAAUGGGAGAGGCCCUUUGACAAAAACUUAACAGUAAAAGCAGAUUUCCAUGUGGAUGGAAACACCAAAAUUGAGGUGGACAUGAUGAAGAAGAUGGGACGCUUCGAUUACUAUCAGGACCAUGACAACCACACCAUCGUCAUCUCACUGCCCUACAAGGGCAAUACCUCUAUGAUGAUUGUCUUUCCUGAUGAAAACAAGAUGGAGGUGGUUGAGGGCUUCAUCAACAAGGACUACUUAAGGCACUGGCAUGACAAGCUCUACAAGAACAACCUGAACCUUUUCAUGCCUAAAUUCUCCAUCUCUGUUGACACCUCACUGGAUGAGAUUCUGAGGGAAAUGGGAGUAACGGAGGCUUACACUGACAAGGCUGAUUUCUCUGGCAUAUCUGAUGAGAUCAAGCUUAAAGUCUCAAAGGUCUCGCACCAGGCUGUGCUGAGUGUGGAUGAAACAGGCACAGAAGCAGCCGCUGCCACCACCAUCGAAAUCAUGCCCAUGAGCCUGCCUGUUGACAUGGUGCUCAAUCGACCCUUCAUGGUUUUCAUUAUUGAGCACUCAACGAGGAGUAUCAUCUUCGCGGGCAAGAUCAGCAACCCAGCAGCUGCGUAAACACUCGUGUGACGUGUAGAGUUGUCACAGGUUCAGCGAGUUUCAAUGGCUUCAGGACAUUUAUCCAUCAUCAGUAACAGCGAUUAUGACUGUGAUAUUAAGUGGAUUGAAUAAACGACAAGAAGACAGGGUGAAUAAGAUAAUAGAGGGGGUGAAUAAGACUAUAUACAAGUAACAGAAAUGUGCUUCCAUUAAUCCUUCUGUCACCAUUAAAUAAUUUGGUACUAUUUGUCAUCUGCCUUGGCUGAUAAAUGCCUUUACCCAUCAUAAUAAAUUAUUCUCCCUUUCACUGUUUCCAGUAAUGAAUUAAUGAGUAAAACAUCUGUCAAUACAGCAUCUGCAUUUUCCACUAACACAUUAAAGCAACCUGUCAUUGCGCUAUUACUGUUUCAACAAGGCUCAAUGUAAACUGAAAUAAAGACGCAUUUCAAACAA